GUACGUCAUUGUAUAGGGUCCAGUACUCCCGCGACCCUUGCGAGGAUAACCGGCCAAAAAAUGGAUGGAUGUGUUCAACGCAGUGUCUUGCAGCGGGAGCUAUUGUAACAGUUCCUGGUGAACUUCUUAAAUUUAGCUUUAUCGAGCCAUGUUUAUUUUCGGUGGGGAAAAUAUCGAUCGUACUCGCGCUCUGCUUUGCUUAUUGGCUUUGUUUCACAACUCUUUAUUAGCUAACCCGGAAGCGGAACAAUAAUUGGUGAACAAUCCAGAUAACAUAAUGGUCAGGGGCACACUGCCUUCUGCAGGACACAAUGAGUGACGGCGCACACAACACGAUGACAUUUAACAGGAUGGAUAAAUGAAACAUAACAUUUCUCAACACUCACUUUCAACUAAUCAGAUGACAAUAACAGUAAACUGAGAUAGCACCAAGUGUCAUCGAUGGUAUGCACCGGAAUACAUGAAAAUCUUGCCGGCGAAAGCAUAGCUGGACGGAAGCGGACGCGAAAUGAUGUGAGGUAAUCGCAGCAGAAUCUGUGUCAUGCCUCAACGAAGCCUUGUGGCAUUUGAAGAAAAUUUGGGAGGAGAUUGGCAUACCGGAGGACCAAAGACUACAGAGAACUAACGCUGUGAAGAACCACAUCAAGUGACAUUGCUAAAAACUACCACUGUGGGGAAAGGAAGACUUCGUACCUGCCCACUUUUCAUCUCUAAUGCCUCAAAGCCAAAAAAGCCAGAAUAGAGACUGACAUAUCUACGCUUGUGAAGGCUGACAGGCUGUGUGAGGAGGCAGAAGAAAAGAGGAAGCUGAGGUUUAUCACCAAGGCCAAUGCACUCAGAGGCAGAGCAAAGGACAAGAGACCCACUUUGGCACCUCUGCAGCAACAAAUAGAGGAGGCACUGGACUGUUAUGUGAAGACAUUGACAAUGGUCAUACCAAUGAGAACUACCACAAGGGGCGACAGGUGAUCACUGUCACAGGUACUGAGGUACUGGAACAUUUGAUGAACCAAGAACGGUUGAUGGCACCAUUGGAAUUUACUUGAUAUGAUGAUCAAAGAAGAGGAAUCUCUGAGGAACAGAGUUGUAAGCAGCAUUCAAAGUUGCAAAACUGAAGUGGAGAAGCUGUCUCUCGAACUUCAGGUUCCUGUGUUCCAGGACGAUGCUGGUCUUGGCAUGAUCCAGCAGGAGAAGAACCUCCGCAUGGUGGUGAAUGGUCUGAUAAAGGAGAAGACCCGGCGUAUGCAGCAGCUGAAUAAUCUGCUGGAACAGGACCAAGACUUGUGUGACAUCCUGUGCUCCAUUCCUUAUGAUAUCUCGCCAGAAUCUAUUCCCUCAGAAGACCAACUCGAGAGCUUUCACCAACAUAUUGCUAACCAAAAUGCAGUCAAGAGAAAUCGGUACACUGAGUUUAUGGGCCUCAAGAAGCAGAUCAUCAUAUACAUGAAUGACUUGGAUCACAUUCCUGAGACCAGCUUUGAGAGGGACGUUGUUUGCGAGGAUGAGGACUGUUUCCGCCUCUCUCAAGAUAAUAUUACCGCACUCAAACUGCUUCUUUUUGAGCUGGAGCAACAAAAAUCAGAGAACGAGGCCAUGUGUGAGGCUCUUCGAGAGAAGAUCCAGCAGCUGUGGGACAGAUUGCAGGUACCCCAGGAGGAAAGAGAGCCCUUCAAUGAACACAUGGUCAUGUCCAAGAAGCACAACCUGACUGUGUUGCAAACAGAGAUAAACCAUCUUGAGGAACUAAAACUGCAGAACAUUCACAAUGUCACAGAGGCCAUCCGGUCUGAGAUUGCUGUGUUUUGGGAGAAGUGCUUCUUUAGUAUUGAGCAGCGUCAGGCGUUCUCCCCAUAUUUUAGUGUCUACAACUUGUUUACUGUAGUGAAUUUCACUGAGGACCUUCUGCGUAAGCAUGAUGCUGAGAUUCAGCGUUUGAAGCAGCAUUAUGAUGAUCACAAAGAGCUUUUUGAUGGGGUUCGCCAGUGGGAAGAAACCUGGAAACUCUUUCUGGAGUUAGAUAAAAAAGCAUUAGAUCCAUCGAGAUUUACCAAUAGAGGAGGGAAUCUACUCAAGGAGGAGAAACAAAGGGCUGAGCUGCAUAAAAAUCUACCCAGGUUGGAAAAGACACUCAAAGCCCAGAUUGAUGCUUGGGAAAAUGAGCAGUGCAGUAAGUUUUUGGUCAAUGGCCAGAUGUUUCUCCAGUAUGUGGAAGAAAAGUGGAAGCUGCAUCAAGCAGACAAAGAAAGAGAAAAACUUGAUAGGCACCUGAAGAAGUGCAAGCAGACUGAGGAGGAUAUGCUUUAUGGAACAGCAGUACAAACUCCCAAGCGGAGGUUGUUGUCUAACCAUACCCACAAUAAAUCACCAAGAAUGAAUGCCACUGUUUCUAUGGCCACGUCUAACAGCAUGAUGCGCUCUGCCUAUGGUGGAAUUGUCUGUCGCUCACCGGUGCCAUGUUCACCGGUGCCAUGGCCACCUCUUUCAACUAACAAGAGUUCUGCAAAAAGGAUUGGUGGCAGUAAACCUCCCCAUCCAAAAGUGUACAACAGUAACAAAAAGAAUGAGGCCCAGUUGAAGGGAACCCCGCUGAGAGGUCCAUUGCUGACCCCAAGAACUCCACAGUGUAACAUCAGCCUUAACUCAGUUGCCAGCACAUAUUCACAGUUUGUGCGAGACUUGUCCAAGCCCUCUGACCCCAAGAUCCAGCAGCACACCCUGAACUCUACCAUCACCAAACUGUGACAUCUCAGUUCUGGACAAGAAAUGUUUUAUGUUUAUAUAUAUCAUUGUAUUGAAAUAUACAUGUUUAGGUUUAGUUAUCAACUCGACUUUCAUAUUGGAAAACUACUGUAUUUUUAUGUUGUCCAAGUCUCUCAAUAUAUGCCACAAUGACACUAUCUGUGCUUAAACAUAAAUGAAGGCAAUAAUAUAGUAGCUUGAAUUGGUGAUGAGUAAGGUGCUUUGCUGCUUCCGCCAGUACUAUCACAGAUGUUAACUGAGUAAGUCAUUGUCCAAAAGGAGAAACAUGCUAAUCUGUUAAUCUAAUGCUCCCUUUUAAAUGUUGAAGAUGAAAAGGAAAUCUAUGAGUUAUCUUUCACAAACCCAAAGUGAAUGAAAUGUAAUCUAAUCUGCACUUUGUAAAAUAUAUUUUAGUUGUGUA